AUGAGUAAGUCUUCCAAACCAUACGUUCUUGUCAAGAAAGCUUAUUUUUUGACAAGUCUUUAUGUUGAACCCGUUCAAUCUGCUAAUAUUGAGUAUAAUGUCAAUACUUCUGCUAAAGAGUCUAUUAGGUCAAAACUUGUUAAUAGAGUGGAACCCUCUGGUUCAUCUGUAUCUGAAAAGGUAAACUCUAAUAUGAGUGAGGCUGAAAAUUUUUCCAUUGAUAAAAGUAUCUAUAGGUUAGUGGCUAAUGUUUUGAAGGAAGCUAGGUCCGGUGAUGUGUCGGAUGUUAUAACAUCAUUGGCCAAAGCUGAGCAUUCAGCUGAAACCACCCCUAAAACCCUAUUGGAUGUUUCUGGUGAGGAGGAAAACCCUAGUAGAAGGAAAGAAAAAUCCACUAUCAUUGUGAAUGUUGAUGAGUUGGACUCGAAUGAAGAACCCAUUGCUAAGAAUCUUCCCCCUGGAAUUGCCAAGAGGAUGAAGAAUAGAAGAGGAAAGGUUCUGAUGAAUGAAGGCACACCCUCUAAGACUUCCAAGAAGAAAGUUGUUGUUGGUCCCACCAAAAGAUGGAGAAAAGUUGUGGUUCCUACUAGGAAGAGGAAUGAGUUAUCUUCUAGUGAAUUUGAUUAUGAUGUUGAACAUGAUGUUCAGGACAUCACCCCACUGAAGAAAGCAGUGGUGAGAAAGAUACAUCUGAAUGUUCCUGAGGUGCCUUUAGGUUUGAUGAAAAAUGUUACAAGCUUUGGAGAAUGCUAUGAGGUGUCGGUGAAGGAACUUAUGGUUAACAUCCCUGCUGACUGUGAUAAAAAUAAAAGUAAGGAAUUUAGAAAAGUUUUUGUGAGAGGAAAAUGUGUAGAAUUUUCUCCUAAUGUGAUUAAUAGGUACAUGGGAAGAUGUGAAGAUGAACAACCUGAGACAAAGGUGACUGAUAACCAGGUUUGCAAAGAAAUUACUGCAAAACAGGUUAUACAAUGGCCUAGAAAAGGAAAGUUGUCAGCUAGAAAGUUAAGUGUAAAGUAUGCAGUCCUUCAUAGGAUUGGUGCUACUAAUUGGGUUCCCACAAACCAUACAUUAACCAUUGCCACUAGAUUGGGGAAGUUCGUCUAUGUAGUUGGUACCAAGACCAACUUUGAUUUUGGAUAUUAUGUUUUUGAACAAACAUUGAAGCAUGUUGGUACUUGUGCAGUGAAGAUGCCCAUUUCAUUUCCUUCACUUAUAUGUGGAAUCAUUCUCAGUCAACACCCAGGUAUCCUAAAUAGUGCUGAUGUUGCUAGCAAGAGGGAAUCUACUCCUUCUCUUAACUAG